AGAGAAAGAGGAGAGAGAGAGAUACAGAGACGCAUGGCAAUCAACUCGCGGCAGUCAUGCAAGCCCUCUGCUUUCCGUUUGCCAACGCGUGUCCUUACUGGUUCACUUCCCCAGAUGCAUACUGUUCAAAAAAAAAUUCACCUCUCAAAGAUAAGCUCCAACAUAUGUAUGUAUAUGUGUAUGUAUGUAUCUUCAAUUGGGGCACAAUUUGCUUGGAAAAUUAAUCGCCCAUCAUCAGGAUGGAAAAUGGGAGCACGAGUUGUGUAGAAAUGGUGGAAUUUCACCCCCAAUUGAAUGGGGUUUCUGAUUCCGAGGAAGAGAAGAGCAGAUUGAGGUGGUUAAUUGACGUAGGGUUGAGGUUAGGGAAGAAGAUCGUGAUUGCAGGUUUUGUGAUCACAUCUGCGCCGUUGAUUCUUCCUCCUCUGGUUGUUGUUUCGUCGGUGGGUUUCGCCUUUUCGGUGCCGUUUGGUGUUGUGUUCGCCAGCUAUGCCUUCACGCAGAAGCUCAUGAGCAAAUUGCUGCCGUCGCCGCCUCUGCCUUUGCCGUACGGUGGGAAUGAAGAGGAGAGAGAAGAAAUGGAGGCUGUGAAGAAUGGGAUUGAGUUUGUGGAUUAUGAUGAGGGUUUGGAUGUUGGGGACGGAUUUGAAAUUGUUUAUUUUGAAGAAUACGAUGGGGGUUUCGUAACUAGUGUCGAAAUCUGUGGGCUGAAUGAAGAGGGGAUUGUAGAAGAAGAAAGUGGGGAUAUGGUUUGUUUUGAUUCCCAACAAUUAGAUGAUUAUGGUGAACAGGGUUUCGUAGGUAAUGUCGAAAUUUGCGGGAAGCGAGAAAGUGGGGAUGAGGUUUGUUUUGAUGCCCAACAAUUAGAUGAUUAUGGUUUCGUAGGAAAUGUCGAAAUUUGCGGGAAGCGAGAAAGUGGGGAUGAGGUUCGUUUCGAUGCCCCAAAAUUAGAUGAUUAUGGUGAAGAUAGGGAAUUGCAGGGUCAGAGUAAUGUUCGUAGUUUAGAAAAGGGUGAUGAUACCUUAGUGGAGAAUGAGGGUGGAAAGAGUAUCUUGGAGAGUAUCGAAAAUGAGGUUUUAUUACAAGUUCAAGGUGGUACUUCGGUUGAGAAUAAGAGUGAAAGAAACGUCUCGGAGAAGAUCGAAGGUGAGGAUUUAUUAUUACAAGUUCGAGGUGAUACUUUGGUGGAGAAUGAAGGUGGAAAAAAUGUCCCGGAGAAGAUCGAAACUGAGGAUUCAGUACAAGAUCGAAAUGCGGGAGUGGAGAUGACCACCGUAGCUACGGUGAGAGUGACUGACAAGGACGAGAAACGUCGUAAGGGAAAACGGGGAAAAAAGAAAACUUUAGCUGCUGCAUUUAAGUUACCAGAAAAGGGUAAGGAGCCAGAGGUUGAUAAUAGACACGAAAAAUUAUCCGGAGAAGACGACAAAGGGGUAGUAGUGGAAAAAAACAAGAAGAAUGUAUGUCCGAAAGUUGUUGUGAAAGAGGAAAGUAGGGAUGAUAAGAAGCAAGUUGGUGAAGAGAAAUGCGUAGUGCUUGAGGGCGAAAAUCUUGAUGUUAAACAAGUCUCGUUGGAGAAAGAAAACGAGCCUGUGAAGUUGAAUGAAACAUCUGAUGUGACGAAUGGCGGAACUAUUAGUUAUAAGAGCGCUACAGUUGUGGUGGCCACUGAAACUGCUGAAGGAAAUUCAGUGAAGAUUGCUAGUGGCGAUUCUGUUGAGGGAAUGCGCGAUGAAGAAGAGAUUUGGAAAAAGAUAGAUGCAAUAAGAGUGAUAGUCGGUUUUAAAGCUCCAAGACGUGCUUCGUAUUUCGAAGAACUCAAAGCAAUGUACAUCUUCACAGGUAUCGAGCCUCCGUCGGAUCUUACCAUGGACCACUCAUCAUCUGAUUCUGGUGCCGAUUUUCGGAAUAAGCUCCGUUUUCUUAUGUCUGUAAUUGGUUUAAAAUGAUUGUAGUUUUUGCUUAAAUGUUACUGUUGAAUUAUGGGAUUUGGAUUUACUACUAAUUUUGCUUUUUUGAUAAAAUAUCUGUAAGCAUUAAAUGUUUGAUUUAAUUCCAGUUUAUAGCAGAGAUUGGGUGGCCAACCAUUAUCGUUGAAAACUCCGUCUUUGAUUUGCUCCACAGAUAUUUCCAAAUUUCCACGUCA